AUGAAAGACCGCACAUCUGCAGAUGACCUUUUUGAAGAAGUUUUGCAGUGCAUAACAAAGUUGAAUUUAAAUUGGAAAAAUCUUUGCGGACUAACAACAGAUGGUGCACCAAGCAUGAUUGGUUCAAAAAAUGGAUUAGUCACAAAAAUUUUGCAUCAAAUGGCCACUCAAAAUUUAGAACAGCCAUUGCCUGUUCUUUGCAUUAUUCACAAGCAGGCGUUAUGCAGCAAAGUACUCGAAAUGGACCACGUCAUGAAUGUUGUUAGAGACAUUGUGAACUUUAUUCGUUCUCGUGGCUUGAAUCAUCGGCAAUUCCAAGCAUUUUUGGAAGAAGUCGGGAGUGAAUUUUCCGAUGUUCUUUACCACAACCAGAUACAAGAAAAGAAUUUUUUUAAUUUUUCAACAGUAAAAUUUGUAGACUUGUUGGAAAAAUUAAAAACGGAUUUCCAUACACCGUUUAAAAAAUGUAAAGAACAAAGUGUAUUGUUUCGAUUGAUUGAAAAUCCUUUUCAUAUGGAUGAAGCUGUAGUUCAGGAAAAUUUUCAAAUGAAAAUAAUAGAACUGAAAACUAAUACUUUACAGAAGGACUUCUAUGAAGAAAAUCGAAAGAAUUUACCAAACUUUUACAAAAAUCUUGACGACAAAAAUUUUCCUGAAUUAAAAAAACUGGCUCAACGUGUUUUUUCAAUGUUUGAAUCGACAUAUCUAUGUGAACAAACAUUUUCAAGGAUGAAAUGUAUCAAAAGCAAAGAUAGAUCUCGCCUUACAGAUGAUAAUCUUCAUUACUUACUAAGGGCUGCCACUACAAAAUUUGAACCUGACAUCAAGAAGUUGGCGCUACAAAAACAACCUCAAGUUUCACACUGA